AUGCUACACAUCACACAGCAGCUCGUCCAGACCGUCGCAUGGCUCCACACCAUCGCCAACAUCGCCCACGGCGACAUUUUCAGCGGAAACAUCAUGCUCGACAUGUCCCGCUGUAACUUCUCUACUAACCCCGUCAUUCUACUGUCCCUCGUCCUCAUCGACUUUGACGGCGCAAUCCUCGCUCCCGACGACAUACUACGGGCGACAGAUCGUUCGUCCGUGUACGAAUUCCUCUUCUCACUUGGUGAAAUCGGCGGGUUAUUUAACCACGCUACUACAUCGCAAGAUGAAACGGGGUUCUGGGGCGAGUUGGUGCAGGUGCUUGUUCACAAUAAGUUGAACCGCAGUGUGUGCACUUGUACGAUGAGAUUCGAGGAGUUUUGCGCGAAGUUUGAGGGAGAGAUAGUGAGGCGGGUGGAGAGUGGGGUGGACGCGGAGACGGAAAGGGUGAAGGGAUUGGUUGAGCGGGUUGUGGUGAUGAGCGAGGUCGAGUUUCCGGGGGAGGAGAUGGUUAAGGAGGUUUUGGAACUGGGUGGGGAUUUGAAAUAG